AUGCGCGCCCCAUCCCCGCUCGUCCUCCGGAGCCUGGGCUCGCGCACUGGACAAAGCACCUAUCGCCCAACAAACCUCCAACUACCAAAGACUUUCCUCCGGAUUUCCGCACGAUCAGUCGCCAGUUACACCCAUCACCACCAUGCCUCUGCACUCUCCAUCCUCCCCACGACGGUGGACACCUCCUCGCCUGAGUACCGGGAAAACAGCCAGCAAAUGCAAGAACUGCUCGACCGAAUGAGCAGUCUCCAUGCUAAGAUCGCCCAAGGCGGGUCACAAAAGGCUCGUGAUAAGCACGUCGCUCGCGGUAAAAUGUUACCUCGUGAUCGUGUCUCGGCGCUGAUUGACCCCGGUACCUCCUUCCUGGAGCUCUCUCCGCUUGCCGGUCAUGAGGUGUAUGAAGGGGAGGAUGUCCCUGCUGGCGGCAUCAUUACGGGAAUUGGCACUGUGGAGGGUGUGAAUUGUAUGAUUGUCGCGAAUGAUAGUACCGUCAAGGGUGGAACGUAUUACCCCAUCACAGUCAAGAAGCAUCUUCGUGCCCAGGCUAUUGCCCAGGAGAACCAGUUGCCGUGUAUCUACCUUGUUGAUUCGGGUGGUGCCAACCUUCCCCAUCAGGCUGAUGUGUUCCCCGAUCGUGACCACUUUGGUCGUAUCUUCUUCAACCAGGCCCGGAUGAGCUCUCUGGGUAUUCCGCAGUUGUCGGUUGUCAUGGGACCCUGCACUGCUGGUGGUGCCUACGUCCCAGCCAUGAGCGACGAGACUAUCAUCGUCGAGAAUCAGGGUACUAUCUUCCUCGCAGGCCCGCCAUUGGUCAAGGCUGCGACGGGUGAAGUAGUCUCUGCCGAGGAUCUGGGUGGCGGUCAAUUGCACUCCACCAUCUCCGGUGUGACCGAUUACUUGGCCGUCGACGACGCGCAUGCCCUCAUCCUCGCGCGCCGUUCAGUGGCUAACCUGAACUACCCUUCUACAAAACUUCCACAACAGCUCGAAGAUGCCGUUGUGAAAGAGCCACUCUACGACCCUGCCGAAUUGAACGGCAUCGUUGGCACAAACCUCCGUCGGCAGAUCCCCGCGCACGAAGUCAUCGCGCGCAUUGUGGAUGGUAGCGAGUUCGCCGAGUUCAAGCGCGACUAUGGCACUACCCUGGUCACUGGAUUUGCGAAGAUCCACGGCCACAGAGUUGGUAUCGUGGCCAACAAUGGUAUCCUCUUCUCUGAGUCCUCGCUCAAGGGUGCGCAUUUCAUUGAGUUGUGCGCUCAGCGCCGCAUCCCUCUUGUCUUCCUACAGAAUAUCUCGGGCUUCAUGGUUGGUGCCGAUGCCGAGAAGGGUGGUAUUGCGAAGAAUGGUGCCAAGUUGGUGACGGCCGUUGCUUGUGCUGAUGUGCCCAAGUUCACCGUCGUGUUUGGCUCUAGUGCUGGUGCUGGUAACUACGGCAUGUGUGGCCGUGCCUACUCCCCGCGGUUGAUGUUCAUGUGGCCCAACUCCAAGAUUGGCGUCAUGGGCUCCGAGCAACUUUCCUCCGUUAUGGAAGCAGUUGGAAAGACCGCCGAUCCCGCCCUGAAGGCUCGAAUUGACCACGAGUCUGAAGCUACUUUCUCAUCCGCUCGCCUUUGGGACGACGGUGUCAUUCCCCCGGCGCAAACGAGGAAGAUGCUAGGUCUUGGAUUGGCCGCCGCUCUUGGUGGAAAGGAGGAGCCCGAUAUACAAACCCGAUUCGGAGUGUUCCGGAUGUAG